GCUACAACAGUUACAGCCUUCAAAUCAACUUCUCAAAAAUAACAACAUCCUUCCAAAUUUAUGUUUAUCAGCCUCAGACUAUCAUAUAGACAGCAACCACACACCCACAACUACAAAACUAAGAACAAGAUAAGAGCACAACCAAAUCAUCUCUAUUCCACUGGAAAAUAUUCCAUUUCUAAUAGAUCUCUUAAACCUGUUGUUAAAUCUGCACUUGUCUUGCUGGACAGAUCAUCUCUCCAGAACAAGUGUCAUCAAAAGAAUUUCAAGCUUUUGCAAAGUAGAGAAAUGAAAAGUGAAGGAUAAUAAAUACGUGAAACUCUGCAAAACUGACUAAAAACCACAUCCUACCUCUUAUCACUUACUUCGCUUCAAACUCAUUUGGUGAGAAGAGCAAGAGUUUAAAAGUAAAAGACAGCUUCGAGCUUCCUCAUUCAGUUGUGUAGCAGUGCUGACAGAAGGAUAAAAUAAAUCACAACUGAGAUCAGUUCAGAGAACUGUAGAUUUUAUUGAAUAUUUCCCAUAACCCACAUUGUUUUCAUGCAGAAUAUUCAAAGUUUAUUUGCAGCAGAGAAUGGGAUUGUCGACGGUUCAGAUGGUGUGUUUGGCGCUUGGAGUUCUCGGACGAGUUUGGAUGGUUAUUUGCUGUGUUGUCCCUCGCUGGAAAGUGACACAUUUCAUAGGAGUCAACAAAACUAUGACAGAGACCACAAUGCAGGGGCUGUGGAACUGGUGUGUGGUGGAGUGCUCUGGGCAAGAGUUGUGCAAAAACUAUAAAUCCUUGAAGGCGAUGAGCUCCGACCUGCAAGCCGCUCGAGCCAUGACCUUCAUCAGCUGCACGGUCAGCGCCUUCAGCCUCUUCAGUUUGGUCUUUGGAGCUUAUUUCCCCACAUUUGUACAGAAGCAAGACGCCACACCUAAGAACAGUGUGGUGCCUGGGCUGGGCCUGGUGCUGUCCGGCCUCCUAAUGAUUGCCUCGGUCAGAUGGUCAAUGUAUUUUGCUUUGGGAAAAUUUGGCAACUCCUUGAUAGAAAUGGGAGAGUGCAUCUACUUUGGCUGGAUAGCUGGUGUGCUGAUGGUUCUGGCUGGAGGUCUGCUCUGCUAUUUCAGCAGACCCACAUCCAGCAGCUCAGGAGGAACCACCGAUGAACACGUUCACAUUGCUGCAGCUCCCAGCAACGACAGGCAAUAAAGGCUUUAUGAAAAGGGUUGACUGCUUAAAGCUUCAUUCACACAGCAAGCAAAUGGAACCCAUGUUUAACUUUUUCACAGCAGUCCUAAAUCACAUUUAUGCCACAUCCUAAUGUGGUAUUCAAUCAAGUCUUUUUCUAUUAUUUUCAAAGUAUUUGCAGUCUAAAUGGUCAAUGUGCGUUUUAUGUCACUGACAUGCAGCAUAACUUUGAACAAGAAGAAGCCAGAUGCAUUAAAUCCAGACAUAGACAGUGGAAGAAACUUAUAAUUAUAAUAUAAUCAAGUAGAUUGAGUAGUAGAAUGGAUUAAAUCCCUGGACAGGGGUUCCCAAGUCCAGUCCUCUAGAGCCACCAUCCUGAAACUUUAUUCAGGUCACAAGCUUUAAGUUGUGACUAUCUGAAUAUUUGAUUCCACUCCUAACUACAAAACUAAGAACCAGAUCAGACCACAACCAAAUCCUCUGUUCACAUUCGUACUUCACUUUUCCU